AAAGACAGUAACUAGCUAGCAUGGUGUAUUGCUGUUUCACAUGUGUAAAUAAAGCUUUACCAUUUUGUAUGACAUGUCAUGCGUAAACCGGUGCACAAGUGGUGAAUUGGUUUUCCGUGAAUUCUGCCGGGAGAAAUUGGGCAGUUUUUCUUUCUCAUUAUUGUUCAUAUAGCAGUAAGCGCCACCCAAUCACCACGGGACGAAGAGAAGAUCUGAGCUGUAAAGAAUAUGCCCAAGAAUAAAGGUAAGGGAGGAAAGAAUCGUCGACGUGGAAAGAAUGAGAACGAGUCAGAGAAGAGAGAGUUGGUGUUCAAAGAGGACGGGCAGGAAUAUGCCCAGGUGAUUAAGAUGUUGGGUAAUGGGAGGUUGGAAGCCAUGUGUUUUGACGGAGUUAAGCGGCUCUGCCACAUCAGAGGAAAACUCAGGAAAAAGGACAACAAAGCUGAUGUGAUCCUGAAGUACAAUGCAGACGAGGCCAGGAGUCUGAAGGCCUACGGAGAACUGCCGGAGCACGCCAAGAUCAAUGAGACGGAUACCUUCGGUCCCGGGGACGAUGAAGACAUCGGAGAUGAUGAUGAGGACAUUGAUGACAUCUAAGGACCUUCUAGGGGAAGGUGUAAUUUUUACCAUCUGCUCUGAAAAUCAGCACAGGACUUUGAUACUUCUCUACUGGAAUCACUGUACCCUCUGCCCACAUUUGUGGCUGUGUUACCUAUUGACGACCCCGCCCACACAACAUAUUUCAAGGGCGUUCAACCCUCCCACUAACUCAUUGAUAACAUGCCUGCAGCUGCUCGCAAUUUCUUGCGGUGUCUUUUUUUUAAUGUAUUUAUAUCGAUUUCAUGUGGAGUGGAAUUUACUUACAAGUAUAGAAUCUCUAGAUUUGCAAUAAAAAUAUGAACCAUU